GCGUCGUUGGGUGACUUUGAUCUGGGGGUCUUCGAAGGAACAGUGUUGAAAACAAACCUAGCUGGUAUCUUAGCCGAGGAGCCGUUAGUCAGUUAUCCACAUCCACAUCAUCAUCAGAAGAGUGUGUGUCGGAGCCUCGGGACCUUCGCUGUUGUCGUUUACUGCAAACAUGACAGAGCUGAGGCACCGCGGAGCUACAGGCAGUGACCCAGCCUUACAACCGCCGUCUGAGGACAAGGGUUCAGACAGUGAGGCGAAAGUGGACAAAGAUGGAUUGUCGGACAGUGAGGCCAAGGUGGACUCGGGGGUCCCAGAGGUGCCCGUCCCUCCUGAUGACACCCCUGAGGUUCUAAACAAGGCCUUGUCUGGACUCUCCUCAAGAUGGAAGAACUGGUGGGUACGAGGAAUCCUCACACUGGCCAUGAUCUCCUUCUUUUUCUUCAUCAUCUACUUGGGCCCCAUGGUGCUUAUGAUGAUUGUCCUCUGUGUGCAGAUUAAGUGCUUCCAAGAAAUCAUUACCAUCGGCUACAGUGUUUACCACUCCUACCACCUUCCCUGGUUCAGGACGUUGAGCUGGUACUUCCUGCUGUGUGUCAACUACUUCUUCUAUGGCGAGACUGUGACAGAUUACUUCUUUACCCUGGUGCAAAGGGAGGAACCACUUCGUAUCCUAAGCAAAUACCACCGUUUCAUCUCCUUUGCCCUCUACCUCACAGGUUUCUGCAUGUUUGUGCUGAGUUUGGUGAAGAAACACUACCGUCUUCAGUUCUACAUGUUUGGAUGGACUCACGUGACUUUGCUGAUUGUGGUGACUCAGUCUCACCUCAUCAUUCAUAACCUGUUUGAGGGCAUGAUCUGGUUCAUCGUCCCCAUUUCCUGUGUGAUCUGUAAUGACAUCAUGGCCUACAUGUUUGGCUUCUUCUUUGGCCGCACUCCUCUGAUCAAGCUGUCGCCUAAGAAGACAUGGGAGGGAUUCAUUGGAGGAUUAUUCGCUACUAUUGUGUUUGGCAUCAUGCUCUCCUAUGUGAUGGCCGGCUAUCGCUACUUCGUGUGUCCUGUGGAGUUCAACAAUGACUCCAACAGUUUCCAGGUGGACUGUGAGCCCUCUGACCUUUUCCAGCUCCAAGACUACGCCCUGCCCAGUGUCCUGGAGUCUGUCACUGGAUGGACGACGGUGCGUCUCUACCCAUUCCAAAUCCACAGCAUUGCGCUCUCUUCCUUUGCCUCCAUCGUCGGUCCCUUUGGCGGCUUCUUUGCCAGCGGCUUCAAGAGAGCCUUCAAGAUCAAGGAUUUUGCCAACACUAUCCCGGGUCACGGUGGCAUCAUGGACAGGUUUGACUGCCAGUACCUCAUGGCCACAUUUGUUAAUGUCUACAUCGCGAGCUUCAUCAGGGGCCCCAACCCCAGCAAGGUCAUCCAGCAGCUGCUGGCCCUGCGUCCAGAUCAGCAGCUUCACAUAUUCAACUCCCUGAAGGCUCACCUCAUAGAAAAGGGCCUCCUGCCGGCGCUGGAGGAGGCCGCCGCCUAGAGGUCGCACCGCGCUCCUCACUCUGGAGACGAGACGGGAGCGGAGGGAGCGGCGCCCGCGGCUUCUGUGCUGCCCAAGAAAUGUGGGAGGUGCGCAGAGCUUUGUGUGUGAGGGAGAACACAUUGGACAGGGAAGAAAAAAAAAAAAAAACAUCAACAAAGAAAGAAAGCCACAGCAUUGGGUCAUUCCAUUUCAUGCGUGUGUUUGUGUUCAUACAGUUUGUGACACCAGUACUUUCAGGUCACGUCCGUCACAUUUCCACUCUCACACCGCCUUGUAUCUUCUCAUCGUGUUGAACAAACUCUCACUCUGCUGUAAACAGAUCAUCCUCUAUAUACCUGGUUAAUGUGUGUUCAUGUUUUACUGUACUUUUUAUUUUAAUGCACUGCCCACAACCCUGUUACUCCUCACUGUACCGUGACUCCAGCUCCACCCUUCCCCCCCAAAAAAAAUAACUUUUAAUUUUCUUUAUUGUGAUUGUUUCUAUUUAUAUAUAUAUAUAUAUAUAUAUGGAUGUUUUUAUAUUUGCUAUGUUCUAUUAUUAUAUAUUAAGGUUGUGUGUCCGAAUCCACUUUCAUGUCUAGCAGGUGCAUUUCCCUGUGUGUGUGUGUGUAACCUGUGUUUGCUGCCAUUCAACUUUGCAAAUCCUCUCACACUCGUGGCCAAACCGUUGUCAUUCUCAUUCUCAUGCAGAGAUAUGAGAUGAACAACUCAAUUACACUGAGGUAUUUCAUUGUAACUGACACACACACACACACGCACACACAUGUCAGUGUUGUGUUACAGUACAUAGACAUGUAGCAUUGCUCCAUGAAAACAGGUCUUUUAUCAUCACAUCCACCAAAAACGUUACACUUUGGCUGUGAUUCUGUGUUAUUUUUUUGAAGCGGCCGAGUUUAAAAACUACAUUUUGAUGACAUUUUCUGUGGAUUUAGGUUUCGACCCAAGAAAGAAAUGGUGACAAUUACUAAGUCAAAAGAAUUGUUAAAGCAAUACUUCACCUAUUAGCAUUUAGCUUUGUAUUACUAGAAUAGGGCUAGUAUUUUUGAAAAAUUGUGUUUCCCCUGAGCCUUGAAACCCCAAUGCUAAUUCCGCACUUUUUAGACCCACUCGUAGGGGGGCGGGACCCCAUUCCCAGAAUGUAAACAGUGUCCGCCAUCUUUGCUAACAGCUACGCUAACAGGUGUCACUGGUGGCCACGUAACAAAGAAAAGAAGGAAGAUAUUUCUCGACUCAGGGGAAACUGAGGUUGGGAAGCACAAUGUUUCAAAAAUACUAGCCCUAUUCUAGUAAUACAAAGCUAAAUGCAAAUCGGUGAAGUAUUCCGUUAACCUUGAGAAAUCUGGGUUUUCUCAGCAUUUUUUGAUCAUUAACUUUAUAAAAAUAGCAGUCGUAGUUUAGGUUUCGGUUACUGUGUAUUUGGUUGAAUCUGGUUUUAAUCCAUAAAGAUUCUGUGGGAAACUGAGUUUGUGCUAACAGUCAUUUCAUGAUUCAUGACGAUUUUUACUGUUUUGUUUUAUUUUGAUUUUUUCUCUGUGAUCUGUGACCUGGAGCUGUUAAAGGUAAAGGACACAUGUUCACGUUACAUUUUUAAGUUAAAGGAAGUGAAAGAUGCCAUUGCGUUGCAUUAUGGGAAGUGUAGUUUAGAAUAAACGUCAGGUUAUCUCAGCAUCUGCUUCAAUUUAAAUGAUUAGUUUAAUCCGUCGCUUGCAAGUCUACCAGCUUUUACUGAAGUGACAGAAUACUCUUUUAAAAUGGCAAUUUGUAACAAACAGGACUUUAAUUAUCAUUUUUGAGCAAUUAUAAACUUAGACAAACAUACUGCUUAUUGGUACUAUAGGGCGGAGUUUUUUCUUACACAUAGGGUUAGUAAGUUUUUGAGUUAAUGUUCAGUCCAACGUUCACAGUAAAAGGUUUAAACAGAUGAGACCUAUUUCCAACGUGCACAAAGUACAUUUUAAAUUUGUGGUCUUUGUGAUUUUCUAAUUGCAUUGUUUGAAACUGCAAUUUCCAUUAAACAAAAAAAACAAUUAAACAUUCAAACCUA